AUGUCAAACCUUCCUCUCAAAAUGCGCAGCGUCAUCCAACCAACCGCCUCCUCCAAAACCCUCACCCUAACAAACACCCAUCUCCCAACCCCAAACCACACACAGGGAGAGCACCUAAUCCAAAUAAAAGCCUGCAGUCCCUGUGCCGGCGAGUUACUCUGGCCAGCGAAUUUCCCCCCGCUCACACCGCGCACUCUAAUCCCAUGCCCGGACAUGGCGGGAAUCGUCAUCUCAGCGCCGGAAGACUCGCCCUUCCAGCCAGGCGAUGAAGUAUACGCGCGCACAAACUAUGUCCGACCAGCAAAUGCGCGCGACUAUUCCAUCGCCGUUACGGAUGAGUUGGCGCACAAACCGCAGGGUUUAAGCUGGGUCCAGGCUGCUGCGGUUCCUGUCUCCGCCGAGACGGCUUGGCAGGUUCUUUUUAUUCAUGCGCUUGCUAGGGGAAAUGAGGAAGAGAUUGAGAUGGAGGCAGCUAAACUUGCUUGGACUGGGAAGAGAGUUCUUGUUACUGGUGCUUCUGGUGGUGUGGGUAUUUGGCUUGUGCAGUUGGCCACUUUGCUUGGUGCGGAGGUGGUGGCGACAUGUGGUUCCCGGAAUGUGGAGCUUGUGAGGUCGCUUGGGGCGAAGGAAGUCCUUGAUUAUCGGGUUAUAGAUUUGAAGGAAUGGGCUACGCAGUCGCCUUCAAAUAAGGUGGAUGCUGUUGUUGAUUGUGUUGGGGGAAAGGCUCUUGAAGAUGCGUGGUGGACUGUUAAGGAUGGUGGUGUUGUGCUGAGUAUCUACCAGCCACCUUUGCAGGCUUGCCCGGAUGGCUUUAAGGGUGAAAGUGUGAAAGACGUGUUCUUUGUUAUGCAGCCCGUGAGGAGGCAGUUAGAGGAGGUUUCGAAGUUGAUUGAGAAGGGGGUGUGUCGGGGGCUGGUGGAUAGUGUCUGGCCUCUUGAGCAGUAUGAAGAGGCAUUCAAGAGAUUGGAUGGAAGGCAUGCGAAGGGAAAGAUUGUCUUUGAUCUGUCACUGAAUCAUUAA